AGCAGACACGGAGAGGAAUAUUCGGUCUAAUGGAGAGGAAUAAAUCUGAGUUUAUUCCGGAUAAGAUGACUUUAUUUGGAUUAAAAUGUUUGUGAUCGCAGCUUUGGUCCUUGUGGGGACAGGACUGACGGUAAACAGCGAGACUCACUCCCUCCAUUACUGCUACACGGGCCUCUCCAAACCUGUCGGCCUCCCGGGCAUCCACGAGUUCACAGCCAUGGGUUUGCUGGACGGCAGGAUGAUCGACUACUUUGACAGCGAGAAUCAGAGGAAAGUUCCCAAACAGGACUGGAUGAGAGAGCGUUUACCUGCUGAUUACUGGGAAAGAGGCACACUGACCCGCAAGAGCAAGCAGCAGUGGUUCAAGGUCAACAUCGGCAUCCUGAUGGAGCGAAUGAGACAGAAUGACUCAGACAACCUCCAUGUUCUUCAGUGGAUGCUGGGCUGUGAGCGUGAAAAGCAGCCUGACGGCACGCUCAGGUUUGUCCGAGGCAUGGACAAGUACGCCUACGAUGGAAACGACUUCCUGUCCUUCAAUGAUACAAACGGAGUCUGGGUCGCUCCGAUUCCGGAGGCAGAACCCACCAAGAGGAAGUGGGACGGCGUCCAGGUGCUGAAAGAGUACACCAAGGGAUACCUGGAGAACGAGUGCAUCAAUUGGCUGAGCAAGUUUGUGACUUAUGGACAAGAGCAGCUCAAAAAGAAAUCUCCACCUGACGUGUACUUGUUUGCAAAGAAGGCCAAAGUGCAGACAAACCUCAUCCUGAGCUGCCUCGCCACAGGCUUCUACCCCAAAGACAUCAUCAUGAAGAUCAGAAGGAACGGACGUGUUCUGAAUGCAGACGACGGCCUGACGAGCUCAGGAGUUCUUCCAAAUAACGAUGAGACCUUCCAGAGACGAGACCAUGUGGAGAUUUUGAAGUCUGACCUGUCAAACUUCAGCUGUGAAGUCGUUCAUAAGGCGACCCGUGUGAAUGAGAUGAAGACUUGGGACAUCAGUGACCAUGAAGAGGACCCUGAACCAGGACCUGGAGCUCUGAUCUGCGUAGUUGCAGGAGUCGUGGUAUUUGCUGUAGCUGUGGGUCUGAUCUUGUAUAAAAAAGGCUGUCUUAGAGGCAGACGUGUAGCCAGCUUCAUCAAAGGAGGCAGAUAUGUAGUCGACGACAUCCAAGUUCGACUUUUGGCUAGACAUACUACUGCACCACGACGCGGAUGUGGAGCCAACGACAACCAAGGCAGCAGCAACCCAGCAGACACGUCUCUUAUGAGAGGCAAUGGCAGCGGCAAUGGAAGCGGCAAUGGAAGCGAUCCAUCCAACAUUUCAACCAUCAGCCAAGCUGGCAAUGAAGUCACAGCUCAGAAUGCUCAAGUUGAGGUGUAUGCACAGAAUUCGAAGGCCAAUGAAAAACUCCCCUUGACAUGCACCGCCAGAGGCCAGGGAGUCACCGACGUAGAGAUCAAGCGUAAAGAGGAGGGGAGGGAAGAGGAGACUGUAACUAAAGGAGACUAUACUGACACCUGAGUCACUGACAGCUGUAUCCUGGAGACGCUGAGUCCUGUGAAGCCCUGAAGUCUCCAUCAGAUCUACACACAACACCAGAUUUACCAAAACAUACUUACCAGUGUGCAGAGCAUUAAGACUAAGGGUUUUUUUUUUUUUUUUAAAGAAAAAGUAGUUUAAAAGUAAUUCAGCUUAAAGUGUAGUGACUCUUUAAGCUGAACCUCAGUCACAGUGAACGUUACAUGAGGUCAGAGGUGAAUUCAGGUUUUUAUGUAUUUUAACAGAACUAUCUCAGUUUGUUCAUAAGUCUUGUGUCAUUAUUAUUUCUUUCCUGGUAUAAUUUCAAGUGCGCCCUGCAGACUGACCACAUGUGCAGCGUGCAUCCAGAAAAGGAUGGAUGGAGAAUUCCAUGCAGUCCCUGUUGGAGCUAUUUGUUCUUUAUUUUUAUUAUUUUAUUAUAAGAGUCACAUAAAUAAAGUGUCCCAGGUACUUAAAUUUAAUAAUUGAAAUUUUAAUCAUAUACGUAAUAAUUUAAAUAUGAAUGUUGCAAAAACGUAUUUUUACUCAAUGAUCAUCUCUCAUAUGGACUAUUGUUUGACGUCCUGGUCACUUGCUUGUCCAACAACACUUAAAACUAUUGAAAACAUUUAUAAAAGAAGUUUAAAACUACUUGACAAAAAACCGACUUCCCACCACCACUGUCAUGUGUUAAAAAAACAUAAAUUGCUGAACUUCAAUAACUUAGUGAAACUUAAAGAGUGUGUUUAAUAUAUAAAGUCUUACACUCCCUUGCUCCAUCACCACUAAAGCAGUUCAUUAGGCAUAAAGAAAGCUCAGACAGGACCACUCGAGCUACAAUCCGAGGAGACUUGUUUACACCCCACAGACGGACAGCAUUUGGGCAGAACGUCCUCUCUGUUAAGGGUGGCCAUCUGUGGAACAGUCUUCCUCAACCCAUCAGAGAAUGCUCGACAUUCAAUUUGUUUAAGGCAAAGGUUAAAAACUGGUUAUGGACAAAUCAAGUGUGUGAUCAUGUAUGAGUUGUAUAGUUUUAAUGUUUUAUUUGGGAACAGAAUGGUGUGUAUGUGUAAGUUUGGUGAUGGAGUUUUUAUUAUGAAUAAAUGAUAAAUUUUUAU